AUGCGUCGGGCUAAUGCGGCUAUUUUGCGCGAACGCCAUAUUAUGCCUACGAUUGAGGACUUUCUGCCACGAUUUACAUCAGCUAAAUAUUUCAGCCGGCUGGACAUUGAGGAGGCCUUCCAUCAGGUGGAACUUAAAGAAGAGAGUCGUUACAUAACAACUUUUAUAACUCAUAAAGGUCUUUUCCAAUACAAACGGCUGAUGUAUGGAAUCGUCAUCGCUCCAGAACUAUUCCAACGCAUUAUGGAGCAAAUUCUUAGCCGUUGUGAGAAUACUGUAAAUUUCAUCGAUGACAUUCUCGUAUUCGGAAGCACAGAGAACGAACAUGACAAGGCGCUUAAGCUGGUUCUGUCGGUUUUGAAUGAACACGGAAUUCUGCUGAAUCAAGAGAAAUGUUUGUUCAAAGUAAACAGCCUUGAUUUUCUCGGACAUACUAUUUCGCCAGAUGGAUCAUCUAACGUGGCCGACCCUCUAUCUCGCUUGUCGGUAAAUCCAACGCCCGAAACCUUCGAUCCGGAGAAUAAGUUCAUGGUACUGGCGGUAAUGGAAUCCGCUGCAAUCGAUGUGCAAGAACUGGAAAACACGACUAAUUCGGACGCAAUCUUGGGUAUUGUUAAACAAUGCUUGCGUUCCGGUAAUUGGGAUAAAGAUGAAGCUAAGCCGUUCUUACCCUUCAAGCAUGAACUUGGAUUUGUUGGUGAUAUGCUGGUUCGGGGAAAUAAGCUCGUUGUGCCGACAGCAUUGAAGAUGGGGAUGCUCGAUAUCGCUCAUGAGGGACACCCGGGAGAAUCUGUAAUGAAGCGGCGUCUUCGCGAUCGUGUUUGGUGGCCAGGCAUGGAUAAUGACGCUGUGUCUCGUGUGAAAGCAUGUGAAGGUUGUCGUUUGGUUGGACUACCUAGCAGACCUGAACCGAUGAGUCGCCGUCCACUACCGUCUGGACCGUGGAUUGAUAUCGCGAUGGAUUUCCUCGGUCCGUUGCCUUGUGGUUCAUAUCUUCUUGUCAUCAUCGACUACUACAGCCGCUAUAAAGAGGUGGAAAUAAUGUUCAAAAUAACGGCCAGGGAUACAAUUAGUAGGCUUGAUCGAAUUUUUACUCGCCUGGGAUACCCUCGGACAAUAACCCUCGACAACGCCAAGCAGUUUGUAAGUACGGAUUUAGAUUCAUACAGCAAGCUUCACGGAAUCACAUUGAACCAUUCAACACCUUAUUGGCCGCAAGAAAACGGUCUCGUCGAACGGCAAAAUAGAUCUCUCGUAAAACGACUGCAGAUUAGCGCUGCUCUCGGUAGAGACUGGAAAAAAGACUUACACGAUUACCUCAUCAUGUAUUAUACAACACCACACUCGAUAACCGGAAAAACGCCUACUGAACUUAUGUAUGGACACACUAUUCGAUCGAAGCUGCCAGCUAUAGAAGAUAUCGAGACCACUCCACCAAACGCAGAUUUCCGUGACCGCGAUAAAUUGUUAAAAGAGAAAGGAAAGGAAGUAGAGGAUACCCGUCGUCGAGCUACUCGAUCCUCGAUUGAUUCCGGUGACACUGUACUUAUGCAGAACCUACUGCCGAGUUCUAAGCUGUCCACUACUUUCAAUCCAAAGCAGUAUACAGUGCUUUCGAGAUCUGGUCCUCGUGUGACGGUUGAAGAUUAUCAGACUUUGAAAUCGUAUGACAGAAAUGUGGUUAUGGAACUCGAAGGAUCAUCGACUGGGGCGCCUGGCGACAGUUCUGAAAAUCAAGAAAAUCAAAAGCAGUUAAGAGCAUCAUCAGAAGAAGAUUUCCAUGGUUUUGAGCUGGAAGAUGAUAAUACAGCACGGCGCCCAAUUGCCCAGUACAGAACGGUGAAGAAACCGGUUUGGAUUAACAAUUAUCUUCAAUAA